AUGACGAGUUCUGUUCCGUUUCAUCAAGGAAAUGACAGCACACUGUGCCUGGUGCUGGUAGGCAUGAAUGGAAGUGGGAAAAGCGCCACAGGCAACACUCUACUUAAACGAGAUAGCUUCACUAGCCGUCGUUCACUAAUACCGACAACACAGAAAACUGCAUGGGGAAAGACAAUCGGGAGAGACAUAUUAGUCAUUGACACACCGCCAAUGAUAUUAACCGAUGACACAUCUAAAAAAAAUGGACUGACAUCGAAAGAAGCAGCUAUGGAAAUCGACAAAUAUAAAGAAUUUGCCAACAAAGAAGACACAGGUGAUGUCACUAAGAAAGACCCUGCAAGACAGACAGUGGCAUAUUCACCUCGCUCGAAAUUGGGGACUCUACUUCCUGAAUUCCCUAGUGUCAAAGAUAUCAAAUUGCCUGCGAGUGUACAAGAAGAUAAGGUUUCUACGUUUAUUAUGAUGCACAGAACUCAUUGCCAGAGAAUAUUGGACACAGUGAUUCGGACCAACUUUGAUGCGGUUCAAAGCUAUUUGCUACACUUUUGGCAAGGAAUGCCCCCACACAUGUUACCUAUCCUGGGCUCCACACCUGUAAUUAACAUUGUUGGAGUGUGUGACUCAAUCCUUUAUAAGGCCAUAUCUGGAGUGUUGAUGCCCAGCGUACUACAAGCUUUACCUGACAGUCUGACACAGGUCAUUCGAAAAUUUGCCAAGCAGUUAGAUGAAUGGCUUCGUGUUGCCCUUGACGACUUGCCAGAAGCCUUACAAAACAUUAAAUUUGAUCUGGCUAGACGGUUUUCACAGAUGCUGAAAAGACAAACUUCAUUGAAUCACCUUUGCCAGGCUUCCAGAACAGUGAUUCACAGUAAUGAUAUAACAUCUCAGAUGUUGGAAGAGUGGAGAACGAUUGACUUGAGUAGCAUUUCAAGACAAACGUUGUAUACUGUGGAUAAUGUCAGAGAAGAUGACCAUCAAGUCAUUGUCAAAUUGUAUACAGAGUUUACCCAUUGGUUAGAAGACCAGUCACCAAUUGAAACAUACACAGAUUGGUUGGAUAGUAUGGUAGACAGAUGUGUUAUUAAGGUAUAUACAGGUGACGAUAUCAUUUUACCGAACCCCAUAUUCACGCCAGUGUCCAUUUCAACUGGAGAUAAUAGUUUAAGAAACAACGCUUCUGCUUUAUCAGCAACAUCCCCAACAGAUUCCAAUGCAUCAUACCAGAGUCCUUAUUCAUAUAACCCCCUAGCAUCAACAACCCCUAGUUCCCAUGACAACAUGUCUUCAUCCCGAUCUACCUCAUCAGCAGGCCAUCUCAACAUGACUAAUAACCACAUGGUCUCCCUGUAUUCAACACUGGCAGAGGAGGUUAAUCCAUCUGUUGGAUUCCAUUAUCCGAGUGGUUAUCCGAGCCAUGGCAUGAGUAAUCAGUAUUCCCAAUCUCCACAUGACAGUAAUGCAUACAGAUAUGGACAUUACUCAUCGUCUGUCACUCAGUACUCAUUCAACGGUCGUGUUAACAAUAUGGACCAGGGUAUUAUUGGAAGCACACCAACUGCAGUGAACGGAUGGUCAGGCGACAGCAGCA